AUGGACGCCCUAGAAGCCCAGAACCAAAUAAAACAAAUGGUCGACUUCAUUUUAAACGAAGCGAAGGAUAAGGCGGAGGAGAUAGAAUCGGGAGCGAUCGAGGAGUUCAAUAUAGAGAAGAUGACGCUGUUUGAGCAGAGAAAGGACGAAGUGAGAUCGAAAAUACUUAAAAAUAUCAACGCACUCCGGCUGGAAAAGAUAAGAUCGAGGAACAAGGACCUGAAGGAAAUGAGCGAUAACAUGUUGCACUACCAAUCGCAGGUAGUGGAGGAAAUAAAAGCACAGGCCUUGGAGAAGCUUAACAACAUGGCGCAGGACCAGAACGAAUACAAGAAGGUGCUGACGAUGCUGACGCUCUCAGGGUGCCUGGCGCUGGACUGCGAAGUGGUGAUGGUGAGACACAGAGCACGCGACGCCUCAGUUGUCGAAUCGACACUGGAGGACGUGAAGCAGGCGUACGAGAAGCUGACGAAGCAGAAGUACAAGGAGGCGAAGUCGCUGAACCUUAACCUGGACAGGGAGCAUCCGCUGGCGGAGGACCUCCUGGGAGUUAUUCUGACGAACGAAGAGGGCACGAUCGAGUGCAACUCGACGCUUAACAAUCGCCUGGAGAGGUGCUGCAGAGAAAUGAUACCGCAGAUAAAGUCAGAGCUGUUCGCAUCAGUACAGACAAAAUAA